GGCCAUCUUUUCUAGCGCCCCAGGUUUCUCUCUGUGGUGUGUGUGAAGGGGAGGAUAGCGGGAGUGCUGGCGGCGGGUGGAUAAUUGCGGCCCGUUUCGCUUCUAGAGGCACCCGAAAAGACACAAAAAAAGGGGGGGGAAAUAACGUCCCGCCUAGUAACCAGUAGUAACUAAGCAAAGACAGGAUACGCGCCGACCCCCUUUCAAGAAGCGUCAUAACUACGCGCCGGUUUCACCGCCAUUCACUCCGUUGCCGGAAAGCGACUCAUUACUCUCAUUCUCCGUGUUGUAGGCGCUGCCUCCCCAGCACUGUACUGGGCCUAAGAAGUGAGGCAAAGGCUGUAUCAGACUCGAUGAAUUUCCUUCGACAUGUCGGAGAAGUCAGGCCAGAGCACAAAAGCAAAGGAUGGGAAAAAGUAUGCCACCCUCAGCCUCUUUAACACGUACAAGGGAAAGUCACUAGAAACACAAAAGACUACAGUUGCUGCACGCCAUGGACUUCAGAGCCUUGGGAAAGUCGCUGUUUCCCGGCGCAUGCCACCACCGGCGAAUCUGCCUAGUCUAAAAGCUGAAAAUAAAGGCAAUGAUCCUAAUGUGAAUAUUGUGCCCAAGGAUGGCACAGGCUGGGCAUCAAAGCAAGACCAGUGUGAAGAAGAAAAAACACCAGAAGUGCCGCCCCCACCGCCAAAACCAGUUGUUCCUCCACAGCCAGAAGCUCCUGCUGUUGCCAAAUCAUGGGCCAGUACCAAGCCAGGUGGGCAGGGAGAUGGUGUCCAGGUGAACCGUUAUUUCCAGCAAGAAUUCCCUAGUCUGCAGGCAGCUGGGGACCAGGACAAGACAAAAGAGAAGGAUGCGACGGAUGACAAUUACGGACCUGGACCCAGUUUACGUCCGCAAACUGAUGUGGCCAGCUGGCGCGAAGGUGGGGGAAGGAACCUUGGUGUUCCGCUGUCUGCCUCUGAACAAGAGAAUGCCCCUUCAGCUACAGAGGACGGAAAUCUUGGUGACCAAGGAAAAGCUGACGAUAAACGAGAAAGCAGGCUUCAACAUGGAGCUACACCUCCGGUUACACUAAAUGGGCAGCAGCCCAGUCUACCACCUCAGUACAGGGGCAUGAUGCCGAAUUUUGCCGGAAAUAUGUUCCCUUCAUAUCCAAGGCUGCCAUUCCCACAAAUGCAACAACCAACGCGAUAUCCAUCUACAGCAGAGUCCAGCCGGGCUUCAAGCAGAAGACCACAAACAUGGGCUGCUGAGGGUGUGCAGCGUCCUUCUAUCAUUAGUGCGAAUGAGUUGAAAGAAUUGGAUAAUCUGGACACGGAUGCAGAUGAAGGCUGGGCAGGGGCUCAAAGUGAAGUGGAUUACACUGAGCAGCUUAAUUUCAGCGAUGACGACGAGUCUUCCAGUCACAAAGAAAAAUCAGAGAGCUGGGAUGACCGGAUAUCCAAAUCGGAGCAACAUGAAGAAAAAUCAAAUGAAGAUUUGGAAGCUCACAAAGAAACUGAGGAGAGACCGAUCACUGCAGCAUCUCAAGCACCUCCAUCUUCUGGGCUGAAAGGACUACUUAGCAAGGGUCCUCCAUCUGAAAGCCAGGACAGACGCCAGAUGCCACCUCCUCUCGUAUCUCUUGAUAAGGGUAUUCCACCUCUUCUGCAACCAAAAAAUGCACCCCCACAGCACACUUCUCAAAGUCGUCCAGUGGCUCCAAGUAGACAGGGCGCCUUGCCUUCCCGCCCCAGCGAGGAUGAGUUGUGGAAGCAAAGGAGGAGACAACAGUCUGACGUUUCAGCUGCUGUGGAGAGAGCACGCAAGAGGCGUGAAGAAGAAGAAAGGAGAAUGGAAGAGCAAAGGAAAGCUGCAUGCGCAGAGAAGUUAAAGCGUUUGAAUGAAAAGUUUGCAGCAUCUGCCCCUGCAACAUCUACCACAACCGCACCCGAGAAACUUGCAGAGGAUUCGGCCCCUGAGGAAAAGCCUACAGAACCUCUUCCAGCAGAAGAAGUAAUCCUCAACAAGGAACCUGUAAAGGAAAUAGAACCUGAGAAAGCAGAGUCACCUGUCCAGCCUGAGGUGAAGGAAGAAGAGCCCAUUCAGCCUGAAGAACCGCAUCCAACACAAAGUGGAGACAUCAAUGUGUUGGUAGAAAAGACAUUGGAUUUAGAAGAGGAGUCGUCGUUUGCCAGGAAGGAGAGCAUUUCAAGCGAGAGAGAGAGCGCUUCUCCUGCUACACCUAUUCCGAUCCCAACCACCAUCACAGUCCUACAACCCCCUUCGGUGCAGACACCCCCCAUACCUCUGCCGCAUGCCCCUUCUCCGGUGCCAGUCCCUGCGUUGCCCCAUGAGAGCGAGUCAGAGUCUGGUACUCAACAACGUCCCACGGUUUCCUCUGGAUAUUCAAAGCAGUUUCAAAAAUCUCUGCCUCCAAGAUUUCAGAGACAACAGGAGCAGAUGAAACAACAACAAUGGCAGCAGCAACAGCAACAAGGUGUGAUCUCUCAAAGUGCUCAGUCACAGCCAUCUACCAGUCCAGUUCCACCUCCUCAGCACAGGCCAUUAUACCAGCCUCUGGGGCCACAUCCGCAGCAUUUAGCUUCCAUGGCAUUCGACCCACGCUGGCUUAUGAUGCAGCCAUACAUGGAUCCACGUAUGAUGUCUGGACGCCCUGCCAUGGAUAUGCCACCAAUGCACCCUGGUAUGAUGGCAACCAAGCCCAUGAUGAGACGUGAGCCGAUAGAUGGUCCGUCAGCUGCCUCUGAACCAUAUGAGCAUGUUGCACGGCCCGUGAGAGAUCAUGCUGUCCCACUCUCAGAACCUCGUAUGAUGUGGGGAGCUGAGCCUUACACACACCCAGAUUCCCAGCAGCUUGCUGCUGCGCCAAAAGCACCAGAAGAGACUGAAGAUUACAGGGCUGAAAGUGCAGCAGAGCCAGACGUUGUCCCUGAAACGUACACAAUAGAACAUAGCCCAUUUGAACCUCGGCACAAAACAGAGUUUUUUCCCAGACCACGAGAACCCGAACUUCACAGUGCUCCUGUACGGCAACAAGAGCCUGAUCAGCUUCUGCAGGAUGAGGAAGAGAUACCUACAAUUUCUAGGUUUGAACAAGUCGAUAAGCAAUCCAGUCUGGAAGAGACAACCACUCAGGUAGACAUUCAUCCUGUUUUACCUAGAAGCCUCUCCAGCGAAUCUUCACUUACCAUGAAACAGGACGAAAGGAGGCCUGAGUCAGUCCCAUUGAGCACCAAAGUCCCUAUUAGACCUCCGGAGCCAGUAAAAGAAGUGGUGGAUGAGAAGCAGAGAAGAGAAAGCUUUCAGACAUCAAAACCUCUUGACAUUUCCAAAACAGAUAAACCUUUUAAAUCCAAAUCUGAAACUAGAUGGGGUCCAAGGCAUGGAUCCAGAGGGAGAGAGGAAAGUAGCGAUAGACCUGUGAGACGCUCUGGGCCCAUCAAGAAGCCAAUCCUCAGGGACAUGAAAGAAGAAAGAGAAAUGCGAAGAGAAAAAGAAGAGGAGAAAUUUGUAAAGCCAGAGAAGGAAGAAAGGAAGCAGUCUCCAGCCCUAUCAAUGCCCAGCCCCAUUCAAACAGUGAAGACUGAGCAAGAUAAACAAAAUGCGGAGGUGGCAAAUGUACCAAAAGUGUCACAUCCAAGUACAACCCACUCAGAGAAGUCUCCAGAGACACCUGAACCCACACCCAAAUCUGUGGUCCAACCAGCUUCAAACAAUCAAGCAAACAAGGAAGAGAGGGUUGUUAGAGUUGUCAACAAGGAGCACUCUUCUGAUAAGCCAAAACCAGACUCAAGACCUCCAACAGCUUCUCAACCACCUCCUUCCACAAUACCACAUAAAAGGGAGGCAGUCCUGCCCCCCAGGGCUUACAGAAAAGAUGCCAGAGACAGAGACUGGUUUCCAGAUCAAGGGUAUAGAGGCAGAGGCCGGGGAGAAUACUAUUCUAGAGGAAGAAGUUAUAGGGGGUCCUAUGGAGGAAGAGGAAGAGCAGGGAGAGGACAGAGCCGUGACUAUCCACAUUAUAGAGAGACAAAACCACAGUCUGAACAAGUGGCUCCUGGAGCUUUAAGGCGCAGGGAAGAAAGCGAAACACGCAGUGAAAGUUCAGACUGUGAGGUAUUACCAAAGAGACGUAGACAACGUGGUUCUGAAACAGAUUCCGACAGUGAAGGACGUGAGAGUGCAAGUGACACUCCGCUUUCUGACAAGGAAAGUGCAACCAAAAGCAAGCCACGUAGAGAUGAAAGGGCAGAAUUAAAAAGGAUACCCAAGUCUGCUUCAGCUGUAAAAUCUGAAGGGGGAGCAUUCAAGUCUGAAGCAAGGAUUCCAGAGAGACACUUCUCAAGAGAAGAUGAUUCCAAAACAAAACCUGGCUUUCUUCCAAAAGGUGAGCCAUCUCGAAGAGGUAGGGGUGCUGGUGGGUUCCGUCGUGGAGGAAGAGACCCUGGAAUGCGUUCAACACGACCUGCUCCACCGAGAAGAUCUGCCUAUCGGGACAAUCAGUGGAUUCCUAGGCAGCAAGAGACAAGACCACCACCUCCUCCAAGAAUGGAUGAAGUUGAAAAUAGAAAUCAGGAUCACCCAAUGAUGCCUUCAGGAGAGAAGAGGCCUCCAAUGAAAUUUGAAAGGAAGUUUGAUCCAGCCAGAGACAGACCUAGAAGACAGAGGCCUACACGACCACCUAGACAGGAUAAGCCUCCAAGGUUCAGGCGUUUAAAAGAAAGAGAGAGGGAGGAUGCUGGCAAAACUGUCGAAUCUACCGGAGUUCCUAGCCAAGGUGUGCCGGCAUCAAGCACUUCUCAUGAACUCCCUUCAGAUUUCUCUGGUAACAAAACUCCAGACUUGUCCAAUCAUAACUCCUCCGAUCAGGCAAAUGAAGAAUGGGAAACUGCCUCGGAAAGCAGUGACUUCAACGAAAGGCGGGAAAGAGAUGAACGGAAGGCGGCCACAUCAGUGAACACCCAAUCUCCCAUACCAGUGAAGGCCACCGAUGGCUUGGCCCAGUCCCCGCCCAAAAGAGAGAGUGCUAAAAGGAGCUUCUCCAGCCAGCGUCCUGGCAUGGAUCGUCAAAAUCGUAGAGGCAAUACUGGUGCUCCUAAGCCUGGCAGACAUUACUCAGGACCUAGGGGUGAGAGAAGAAGUGGCGCUUCUUUGCAGCGGCAAAAGAGAGGGCCGUUUGAUGACCAUAGCCAAGGUUCAGCGGCUGUAGAUUCAUCUGGUGCCAGCGGUAAUAUUCAUUCUUAUCACCCUUACCACCCACACUCUGAAGAGGUGGGAAGCAUGUCUGUACAACAAAAAGGGUUUAAGGAAACGGCAGGAAAAAAGAGAGAGGAACCAAAACCAGUUGUAAAAAAGCCUAAGGAGAAAGUAGAUGCAUUGUCCCAAUUUGACCUAAACAACUAUGCAAGUGUCGUAAUUAUAGAUGAUCACCCAGAGGUGACAACCCUUGAGGACUCGCAGUCCAAUUUGAAUGAUGGGUUCACAGAAGUAGUCUCUAAGAAACAACAAAAGCGACUGCAAGAUGAAGAGCGCAGAAAGAAAGAAGAGCAGACGGUGUGGAGCAAAAAGGGUUCUGGCGAGAAAGGAAGAGGUCAGAAUUCCAAGCUUCCACCAAGGUUUGUGAAGAAGCAACAGCAACAAGCGGCCGCAGCAGCAUUGCAAGUCCAGUCAUCUACACUGUCUACUCCUCUGGUAACCCAAGCACCAGCAGCUAGCCAGCCUCAGACUGUCCAGCCCCAGACCACCGCAAACGCACCCACCAAUGGUGCAGAGUUUCCUGGUCCUGUGAAAGCACCACCCGCCUCACAACCGCCUAAUGCGCUUGGUACAGAUCUGUGGGAGAACAAGAUGGCUGCUCCCAAUGUUUUGAAUGACUUGACCAAGAAACUUGGCCAUAUAAACCCUCCUCAGCCACCGUCCUCCAGUGCAUGGAAUAAACCCCUCACAGGGUUUGUACCAGCCUCAACUUCUGAGGCUGCUAAGAAUGGGCACGAGGGUUCUGUAGACUUAACAAUGGAAACUAUUCAGUUUGGCGCUCCAGCAUCCGGCAGCAGUGAUAAUGAAGUUGCUCCCUCUCUCCCCGAUAAAACCAGUGAAUCUUUGCCAGAGCCUAAGGAGCAGAGACAGAAACAGUCUCGUGCUGGUCCUAUUAAAACACAAAAGAUUCCAGAUCUCGGUUUAAUUCAGAGCAAACAAUAUAAACCUGGACCCAUUGGUAAGGAGCGUUCCUUGAAGAACCGUAAAGUUAAAGAGGUGCAUCAGCCUGAGCCAGAGACGCAGGAGAAACCAAUCUCGGCAAAUGUACGGACGCCAGAGCCGGUUCCAUCAAAAGACAGCAAAGCUGUAGCAGAAGUGACCACUGAGAUUAGCAGUAUGCUGUCGGUGUCUGCACCAGAGUUUGGAAGCAGCUCUAAGGACUCUGUAACGGAUUAUACCAGCCCAUCCACUGCGCUACCGAAUACAUCUGCAUCUGGAAAUUCCAAAAUUGAGUCUACCUUGGUUCCAAAUGUUCCUUUGCCCCAUUCUCUUCCACUGACCAGAAGGGAAACUCUUCAACAGAGCUCAGGGCUAACGCCAGUGUCUCCAGCCACUGUUGAUCUCACUCUUAAGAUGGAGUCUGCACGCAAAGCCUGGGAGAAUUCACCAAAUGUUGCAGAGAAGGGGUCACCAAUCACCUCUGCAGCACCCCCCAUUACCAGUACGACAGCUGUGGGAGCACCCACCAAUGCCAGUAAUGGAGUUGGUGUGGCAUCAGCCAGCAGUGCUAAUCCAGGACCUCCUUCACAAAGCACUGUACCAUACAGCUCUUUCUCUAGUGCAUCUAUGCCUCCCAUACCAGUGGCUUCAGUUACACCAACAACGUCUUUAUCAGGUGCUGGAACCUACACCACGUGCUCUCUUAGCACAAAAACCACCACAGGCUCUGACCCUCCAAAUAUAUGCAAGGUGAAACCACAGCAAAUUCAAAGUAACAGCAACAUGCCCUCCGCGAGCCACUUCUCCCAGCUAAGCUGCAUGCCGUCACUCAUGGCUCAGCAACAGAGCCCACAGGUUUAUGUCUCCCAGUCUGCAGCAGGGCCUACAGCUCAGAUCCCUGCUUUCUAUAUGGAUGCUAGUCACCUAUUCAGCACUCAGCACGCUCGAUUAGCUCCACCAACUCUGACACAGCAACAGGGAUUUCAGCCAGGACUGUCUCAGAUUCCAAUUCCAAUUUAUGCCCCCCUGCAAGGACAGCAUCAAGCCCAGCUAGGGUUAGGGCCUGGACCAGCGGUGUCUCAAGGCCAGGAGUUAUUUACUACGUCCCUGCAGCCAUACCGGUCCCAACAAGCGUUUCUUCAGAAUAGCCUCUCUCAACCCUCUCCUGUCAUGUUAUCUGGAGCAGCCUUGCACAAUUUCCCUGGGCUCCAGCACCAAGAUCUAGGAAAGGCUCAGUCUAGCCUAGCAUAUCAACAGACCACAAAUACACAGCCAAUCCCCAUUCUGUAUGAUCACCAACUGAGCCAAUCUGGAUUAGGUGGUUCCCAGCUAAUUGAUACUCAUCUUCUACAGACACGGCAAGGAUUGGGACAGCCAUCAAGUCUGUACUCUGGACAAGUCCAGCAGCCCAGUCAGACCAACUUCUAUAACACUACUCAGUCUCCCUCAGCACUUCAGCAGAUGACGGUACCUUUGCAAGGGUCGCAAUUGUCGUUGCCUAAUUUUGGUUCCACAGCUGGGCAGCCUUUGAUUGCCCUGUCUCAGACAAUGCCCCCAACACCACAAGCUCAACACCAGAAUCUGUCUAGGAGCCAAGUGAACCAGCCUUACAGAGGCCUGAUCCCUUCUGGCAAUCAGCAUGGUAUGAUUGCUGGCCAUGGGAAGAUGUCUGAUAUGGAUUUGAAGCAUUAUGGCUCUGCUUUGGAUCAUGUAAAGCCUGGAACGCCGCCUGUGGCUGGGAGAAGUACCACCCCCACCUCCAGUCCUUUUCGGGCCAGUUCAACCAGUCCAAAUAGCCAGUCCAGUAAAAUGAACAGUAUGACUUACCAAAAGCACCAGUUUUCUUCAGCGGCUGGUGUAAGGAUGAGUCAGCCUCCCUUCCCAACACAAUUCCCUCCUCAGAUCCUCUCCCAACCUAGCCUUGUCCCACCUCUGGUGCGUGCGCCCCACCCAAAUACCUUCCAACCGCCUGUUCAGCGCCCACCUAUGGGACUGCCCAAUCAGAUGCCACCACAAAUGCCCACAGGACUGAUGAACCAUCCUCGCCUUCAUCACAUGUCCAGACCUCCCCCUGUUCCACCUUCAGGGGUCCGUGUUACCCCUGCCCACGCUGCUAUGAAGGCAGAGCAGGAUUUGAAGGCAAAACAGAGAGCAGAGGUUUUACAGUCAACACAUCGCUUCUUCGAACAGCAGCAGCAUCAGCAAAGCAAACCUGUUUCAAAGCCUCCAAAACCAUCUCAAGGCCCACCUAAGCCUUCAGACAACCUCCCAGACUCGUCAAUGGUUCAACAGGAGAAAAUAGAGGAGAACUCAGCGCCUGCUGCUCCAGCAACAGUGCCGACCUCCACAAAACCUAUUAGAACUGGACCAAUUAAACCUCAGGCCAUAAAAACAGAAGAGACAAAGUCAUAAAAGGCAGCAUGUAGAUGGUUAUGUUCUGAGCGUUACAGAGUUAUAUUGAUCUUUUUUUAUCAUUUGUUUUGUUUACUGAGUUACAGCAGCUGAUAAAAGUAGGAAUAUGGGUGUAGCAGCAGUUUAGCUAAGGAUUGUGUGAAUGAGACUGCUUUGGCUGCCCUUUCAGCAUCUUAAGUUCUGAGAGGUAGAAGAUUUUUUUUUUUUUCUGUUCAGAUGGGUUUAUUUUUUGACCCCCAGUUUUGCUCAGUUUGUCCUUGGCUGUCAAAGUCUGAAACCUGAAUCCACACCAUGGGACGAUAGAUUACAGUAAAGGAUUGAAUGGUUGGUUAAAAAAAACAAAACACUAUAAUAGUGGAGUUUUUCCAUUUCAUUAGCCACACGGAACCAGAAUGAGCGUGCAUUAAACAUGAUACAUAUAUACCCAAACAUGCUUUAUGGUCUUGUUUAGGGUUCUGCUGUUUGGCUUCAUCUAUUGGGCUCACUUCUUCUGGGCUCAGAUCUCAUUGAUCAAUGAAAAAUAAUAGUGUUUAGUCUUUCAGAUCACACCGGUCAGACUCUCCUGAAAACGUUCUAGUCUGUUGGAUACGCUGGUGACAGAUGAAUUAAAAGGCACUAAGCAUCUGAGCUGUCAGGUUUAAUACAAGCGGUCUCAGCCACUUACGCUCACUUUGGCUACCACAAGACAAUUAUAAGGUCUACUGUGUAAUGUCAGUGACCUAGCUGCUGUUAUCUUUUUGUUUUUUUCUUCUUCUUCUAAACACAGCUAAGCUAGAACAAUUUAAAAUAUGCCAGUGUUGCUGCUGUCUUAACUGUUUGGAGAUAUCACUCUGUAUACUGUACCUUUAAAAUUCAACCUUCUUUUGACCACAUUUUUGUUACUAUUUUUUGGCAGAAAGUAAAAUCAAGAUAAAUGGCAACUUUUUUUUUUUAAAUAAAAUAGAAAUUGAAAAAAAAA